CCAAUCCCAGGGGACAUCACGUGCAGCCUGUUACUUUCUGAACCGCAACGACGCGUUUUAUCACUACAGAGUGCCACAAGAACUUCAGCUCCGGUGUCCGGGAUAGACACUCUUAUGGUGGACUUCAACAAAGACAGAACCACAGCUGGCCAAACGCCCAGGAGGGUUAAGGUGUAUUUGCUUCAAGGUGAGGAUUGGUUGGACAAUGGUACUGGAUACUGUGUGGGGGAGGUGGACGAGACUAGCAAUAUGCCGUUCUUCUUGGUACGAAAUGAACUCGACUCGGGAGACGUGAUUCUCAAGUCGUUCUUGGAAGGAUCCACCCAGUAUCAGAGGCAGCAGGAGACUCUUAUCGUUUGGACCGAUUCUUCUGGCAAGGAUCUUGCGUUGUCCUUCCAGGAGACCGAAGGAUGCGCAGAUUUGUGUGACUUCAUCAUUAAGGUACAGCAAGAUAAGCUCUGUCCCGACAUUUCCCUCUACUACGUGAUACCCAGCAUGUCAGAUGGUGACGACAUAACGGAAUUGAUCACAGGACCCAUCAACUACCCCGAGGACCCCACCAUGGACAACCUAGACACGAUUCUCGACUUGAUAAACCAGAACUCCAACUCUCAAUUUUCCAGAACCAGCAUCCUGAACUACAUCAUCGAAAAUGACUACUUUUCGAAAUUAAUCCAGGCUUUCGACGAGGCUGAAAGUUCCAAGAGGCUUCCGCACCUAUACACAUUGAGCGAGAUCAUGAAGACAUUGGUUCUAUUCAACGAAGCUUCGUUGAUCGAAGAGUUUUUGUCUACUGAGGAAAAGAUUCUUGGACUCGUGGGGAUUUUAGAAUACGACCCCGAGUACCCGAAUUUCAAAGCAUGCCACAGGGAUUACCUUAAAAACAAGAGUUUCAAGACGGUUAUACCUGUUGACAAGGUGGGAAUAUUCAAGAAGGAUUAUCAUUUCAAUUUUUUGAAGGACGUGGUACUAGCAAGAUUCUUGGAUGAUCAAACCUUUAACCUACUCUCUUCCUUGAUUUAUGUCAAUCAAGUGGAGAUUAUCAACUACUUGAAGGAUGCAAGCUUACUAGAAAAGUUGUUUGAAAUCUAUGACGAAUCCGAACACUGCAAUGAACAACAACUAACGUUGAAGAGAGACGGAGUUAAAAUGUUGCAUCAAUACGUGUUGAUUGCCAGAUCCCUCCAAACACAUCAAAAAUCCAACUUCUUUUCUUUCUUAGUUAAAGGAGGGCUCUUCAGAAUGAUUAGUUUUGCAUUGCAGGAUGCUGAUAGCAAAGUUCGUGUUUUUGGGACUGAGUUGAUAGUGAUCAUUAUAGAGCAAGAUGUCUCAUUGGUGAGCGCCAUAGAUAAUGAAGAAACGAUAGAUAAUUCCGACCCUCCGUUGAAUCCUGUCAUUGAAGAGGAUAAGGAUGAUACCAUAGUGGAACCCAAGAAUCUCAAACUAAAAUUGUCGGAUGACAUGACCCUAAUUUCCAUUCUUACAAAGCUUUUGGUUGAAGAUCGAAAUCCAGGUUUGAAAGUACAGGCCUUUGAAGCAUUGAGAAUUUUAUUAGAUUCUAAUAUUGCUUCCAACGGUGGUAACAAUAGCGAUUUUGAGAUGGAAAAUCCCAGGAAUGAAUUUUCCUCAAAAGACUCAGCUCAUUGUAAUGGGUCUUUAAUAACUGAUGAGUUUAACGACAUUAACACCAACAAUUAUUUCAAAGCUUUCUAUUCUCAAGUUGCUCCUGAGCUAUUCAAAAACUUGAUCGAAUUGGCUUCUGUUGAUCAGAUUGCCAACAAGGAUGAAAUCUCAACUCAAAUUCGGCACGAUGUAUUACUAUACCAACAAUUAUGUGAACUAAUCUCAUUCUGCACCAAGGAGCAUGAGGUUCAAAUUUCACGUCCAUUUUUUAUUGAGAAUAAUAUAAUAUUGGGGUUGGGAAAACUUCUUGACACUAAUUGCAAGCUUAUACUCAAAUUGAGCAUUGUGAGGUGUUUGAAGAACUUGAUUUUGUUGAACGAUGACUUCUAUUGCCGCUACAUCCUCAACAGCGAUAUAUUGGGGUACUUUUUCAGGUUUUUUGAGCUGAUCGUUGACCAAAAUAACCUUGCAAACUCUGCUUGCGUGGAUUUUGUGGACAACAUUUUGAGGAACUGCGAUGCAAAUAUCAGCAUCAAGAGACACAACUUCAAGCUUAUUGCUAACUAUAUCUACAAAAAUUUCCGGCAAUUCUGUGGUACUCGUCUUGCGUACGUUAAUACUGGCCGGGAAUUGAUUGACUUGGUGGAGAACGGCUUUUACGAGGAUUCUUUGCAGAACGGCAAAUUCGACGACGGCUUUGUGGACGAAAUUUUGGAGGAGCACGAUGUGCUGACCCCCAUCAACGAGGAUGCCACCAACAACCCCACUCCUGUCGACAACAGCUCGGACGUGAGCCCAGACACCAGUCCCCAGGGCAGUCCCACCGUUUUUGCAGGACUGCAGGUGGCAGAUUUGGAGCACGUCAAUUCUGAUUUGGCGUAUACCACCGAGGCUUCCGGGAGGUUUGGCGACCCCGAGGCCUCAGGCAGGUUUGGCGAUCCCGAUUCCAAUAGUCCGUCGUCCAGCAGUGGCAUGGAUGCAAGUGAUGCUGGUUUUGGUACCCCCACGGAUCUUUUCGCAGGCAUUGAUAGCGAGGCCCUGCGUUCGGUUGGGCUGCCCAAAACUACCGAGCCCAUGGGGGUGUCUAAGCCCGAGCCGCAUCAAGGCCGUAAGAAAAAGCUCACUACCACCAUCAAGAAUAAAUUGACCAGUGCCAGCCACAAAAUCACCCGAACCCUCCAGAACGGUUCCAACAGCGCCGACUCCGCCGUUCCCCAGCCCCCAGACCUGACGCCCCGCACCAAUGGCGGUCCUACCUCCAACUAGCCUGUGUAUAUUAUGUAUAAAGUUGAUAGAGAUUAAUUUCACGCGCACCGUCCCGCGCGGGGUACUGCCGUGGCAGCCCCGAGG